AUGCAUAAGUUAUUGGUCGAAGCUGGCCGAUUUCCUGCUCGGGAUGUGCUCUGUGGACCUGAAUCAAGUUCGAGUUUCAAGAUCGAAGGAAGGAAAUUUAUGAACCAAGUCGUUGGAAGAUAUGCCAAUCGAUUACCAGCCGGUCAGAGCUUUCUGCAAGAUUCCUCUAGGGAGGGGGGGAAGAGGAUGGAAAUAAACUUAGAAGAGAAUGAGCCUUUUGAAGAUGGGCGAGGGAACUGUUUGCACUCUGGAAUGGAUGGCUAUGACUUGAGGGAGUUUGAGCCUGUUGGAGAUGAUUCGAGAAUUGUUCAAGAGUUUCGAGCGACCAACACUGAGACUGCUCCCAGUGAAUCGGCAUCAACAUCAACAUUAUCAUCUGCUCAUUUUCAUCUGCACUCCCCCUCUGGCGAUCAGGGUUUUCCAGAGGCUAUCGAUAUCCUGGCUACCGUCACGUUAGAGUUAUUCCCAGCGGGCAAAGAGGUCGACCAAACUAUUCCAAGUGACACGGGCCUCAAGACCAGGAUUGGGCGAGCAAAUUUCACCCUAAAAGCAAAGUUAUCAAAUCCAGAAGAGGUCGCUCGCAGGGACGCUGGGACACCGAUCAAUCUAACUUGGCACACGGGAUAUAUCCUCAACGACUUCAGAGGAGAGCCAAGGGACUCGGAUGGAAUCCACCAGCACAAGUUGUGGAUUAAGAGUGACCAUCAUCUCACCGUUCAUCAAUCGCAACUGCCAACUGGCGAAAUCCAGCCAAACAAGACACUUGGGAUCGAUUUCUCAACCAAAGAGAACAUCAAGCAAAUUUGCGAGACCAUGCCUCCAUCAGGUUUCGAUCAAUGCUUUUUAUUGAAGAAUUCGAUUGGAGAUGGACAAGAUAGCUCGGAAGACCCAAAGGCAAUGCUUAGAAGCCCGAAAGAUGACCUGAUCCUAGUUUUUUAUACCAAUCAGAAGGCCGUGCAAUGUUACAGUGCUAAUUAUUUUGAUGGACACGGUUCUCGGAAGGAGCUCCAUCGACGCUCAGCUGAACAUCCAGGUGGAUACAAGAGGCAAGGUAUGCUAUUCUUGAAUAAUCAAAUUAUCGCACCGUUUGUUGACGAGGUCAUGACAAUCUCUGCAGAAGCGAUCUAUCUGGAAUUUCAAGAACCCUCUAGUCUUUGUACCAAUCUCAACCUACAAAACAAUUUAAAGUCUUUCAUGAAUGCUGAUGAUCAGCAGCAUACAAAGGUGGAGGAUAAGAGUCAAACGGCGAUUACCAACACGUUUUUAUAUCCAAAUCAAGUAUAUUCUAAUUGGUUUUCUAUCGACAUCUUUAUUUAG